AUGUCAUUCUGUUAUAACGAUAAUAGCUGCAGCGCUGACACAUACUCAAGUACCAAAAUGGUAUCACAAGCUUUACCAUACGCAAUGGACACUCUGUAUAAAUUAGGUAGAAAAGGUAGAUCAAAUGUAAGCAGAGUUAGAAAGUCCGGUAGAGAAUUAGCACAUAGAUAUUCUAUUCCAAGAUUUUUAUAUAAUCAAUUCUCUACAAUAGAUGAAUCUGAUGAAAUUGAAAAAUUUGAUCCUGAUACUACUGAUACUACUACUAGUACUCAUAUGAAAAUCCUAAAUGAUCUUAAUGAAAAUAACAACACAAGUUAUAUCGCAUCUAAACAAUACCAAACCGUUAUAAGUCGUCCAAAUUCAACUACCAAUUUGGGUUCAUCACAAAUUUCUAUCAAUUCAGACGCUGCUACAUUAGUUAAUAAUAAAAAUUUCACUAAUUUCAUAUCUUCUUCUAAACAAAAUAUCGCAGAGUCUUCUUCACCUUACAAUUCAUCAUCAUCAUCUACUACAUCAUCAUUAUUCUCUGCACCAACAAGAACUUCUUCUAAUACUUUCAUAGAAGAAACUUUAAAAUUUGAAAAAAACAAUAUUAACAAUAAUAAUAAUGGUAAUAACUUAUUUAUUGAAGAAAAAUUCAAAAAUUUGGAACAUUUCACUCCAUUAAGUGAACCUUCAGAAGAAUUGAAAAAUGUCAUCUAUUCUUUUAAUCAUCCAACAGCUUUCCAAUUAGGUAAAAAUGAUCAUCUACAUUAUUAUCAAUUACCAUUCCCAUGGAGAGAAAAUAGAUAUAUCAUUUAUAAUUAUAGAUUUUAUGAUUCUCAUAAAAAAUCUUUAUUAUCAAUAUUCAAUUGGUAUGGUUGGCAUAAUGAAUCAUCAAAUAUUUGGACUCAUCUAUUAGGUGCCAUAUAUUUAAUCUAUCUAUCAAUUUAUGAUUUCCCAAAUUCAGAAAUUUUCCAAUCUGAAAAAGUACCAACAACAGCUAAACUCAUAGUCUAUUUGUUUCUCUUUGCGGCAAUUAAAUGUUUAUUAGCAUCUGUCUUUUGGCAUACUUUUAAUGGUACAUCAUUUUUAAAGCUACGUUCCAAAUUCGCAUGCGUAGAUUAUAGUGGUAUUACCAUUUUAAUCACAGCAUCCAUAUUAACUACGGAAUUCGUUACAAUGUAUUCAUCUUUCUUUGCCAUGUGUAUAUAUAUGACAAUAUCAUUAUCAUUAGGUAUGUUUGGUGUCUUUAUGAAUUGGUCACCAAAAUUCGAUAGACCAGAAGCAAGACCAUUAAGAAUCAAAUUUUUCAUCUUACUAGCAAGCAUGGGCGUAUUAUCAUUCUUACAUUUGACCUAUUUAACUAAUCUCCAAUACGCUACAUGGUUAUUAACUCCAGUGACAAAUAAAUCUAUAGUUUGGUAUUUGGUAGGUGUUGUGUUUUAUGGUUCAUUUAUUCCUGAAAGAUUUAGAACUGAUGUCAAAGUUGAUGAUUCCAUCCCAACCACUUUCCAAUUAUCAACUGAUUUAAAUAUCAUUACUAAAAAUAAAAAUAUUCAUUUUAGAGAAUCACCAACAAUCCAUUCUAAAUGUAAUCAUAGUUGUAAAUAUCAUUUGAAAUCAUUGAAAACAUUGUGGUGGGUAGAUUAUGUUGGUUGUUCACAUACCUUUUGGCAUUUCUUUGUCGUAUUAGGUGUAAUAGGACAUUAUAAUGCUAUUAUAGAUAUGUUCACUAAAAGAUGGUUGAUGUCAUGA